CGGUCUCGAGCCGCCGCAGCGAGAGCAUCACCCUCCUGAGAGAGACCCGCUCGAGCCGCUGCCGCCCGCCCUGCCCGGCCUCCGCCGCCCGCCCGCCGCCGCCUCCACCGAGGGAAGGGAAGCGUAUCGUAUGUCCGCUAUCCAGAACCUCCACUCCUUCGACCCCUUUGCUGAUGCAAGUAAGGGUGAUGACUUGCUCCCUGGCGGCACUGAGGACUACAUCCAUAUAAGGAUCCAGCAGCGCAACGGCCGCAAGACCCUCACCACGGUCCAGGGCAUCGCGGAUGACUACGAUAAAAAGAAACUGGUGAAGGCCUUCAAGAAGAAAUUUGCUUGCAAUGGUACUGUGAUUGAACACCCGGAAUAUGGAGAAGUGAUUCAGCUGCAAGGUGACCAGCGCAAGAACAUAUGCCAGUUCCUCAUCGAGAUUGGUCUGGCUAAAGACGACCAGCUGAAGGUCCAUGGGUUUUAAGUGCCUGUGGAUCUCUGACGCUUUAAGUGAGAGGACUGCCUUGCGAUGAGUAAAAUCCCAUUCUGUCCCUUGUCAUAAGUUUAAAGCCAGCUGGAUUGUGUAAUGUAACCAUCUGAAGUCCGCUGUUUAGUCUGGACUAGUAGUGUAACUCAGCGAUGUAAUAAACUGGCAAGAGCCA